UACCACAAGGCUUCAACCCUAAAUGAAGAUAGGACACAUAAUGUCUUAUGUCCGCUUGCAUUCAUUCUGCUGACUUGUAUUUUCCAUGGUAAGACCACAUCCUUUGAGCAUAACACAUAAAACGUGUGUGUGCAUCGAAGUGGGUUUCAGAGCAUCACAUCAAACAGAGAGACAAGAAGAAAUGUUCUUUCCAAGGAAGUCCACCGUUUUGAUUGCUUGUGUGGUCCUCCUCAUUGUCCAGUCAAGUCAUGGUUCUGGGAUUAUUGGUGGGAAAGAAGUGGAGCGCCACUCGCUGCCUUUCAUGGCUUUGACGGAGAGUCCAAAAUGUGGUGGGAUCCUGAUCAAUCCAAAAUGGAUCCUGACUGCUGCCCACUGUGUUGACAUUAACAAGGUGUUUCUGGGGGUGCACUCCAUCAAAGAAAAGAAUAAAGAUUCUAUUCAGGUCCGCAAGGUUAAGAGCCUUGUUCCUCAUCCGUGCUAUGAUGCAACAGAUAAGGUCAAUGACCUCAUGCUGCUCAAGCUGGACAAACCGGUGAAGCAAACCAAGACAGUGAAAUUUCUCCCGUUGGAUAAGACAGUCAAAGAUCCAGCAGCUGGCUCCAGCUGUCUUGUGGCUGGAUGGGGAAAAACAGACAAGGGGAGAAUGUCAGAUGUCCUGAUGUCAGUCAAUGUGACUGUGAUUGACAGAGUGAAGUGUAACUCUCCUGAAUAUUACGGCCUUAAACCUGUUAUCACUAGCAGCAUGAUAUGUGCUGGAUCAGAUGGUAAAAAGAAGGCAGACACUUGUCAGGGUGACUCAGGAGGACCACUGCUGUGCAACGGAGCGCUCGUUGGUGUCACUUCUUUUGGAAAGGAAUGUGGAGUUAUUAAAAAGCCUGGAGUGUACUCCUUUCUCUUAGAAAAACAACUCAAAUGGAUAAACACAACAAUAAAAAAGUCUGAAAUAUAAUAAGACUUCCCUGUUAAUCAUUCGGCAUUCCUCACCAUGUUAACCAUUUAAACCACAUCUCACUUUAUACUUUAUGCUACAUUUAUUUUAUCCUCAUUUGAUAUCAGUAUAUGAAAGACAUUUACAUUAUA